GUCUUGUUUUUUCUCAUGGUGAGAACUGGAAAGUGAUGCGACGAUUCACAUUAUCCACAUUACGGAACUAUGGAAUGGGCAAGAGGACUAUUGAAGACAAAAUCAUUGAAGAGUGUAAUGUCUUGACAAAGACAAUUAAAGCUAAUGCAGGAAAGCCAUUUGAAGUCCAAACAGUUAUAACUGCUGCUGUUUCCAACAUCAUAGUUUCUAUUCUACUUGGGAAGCGCUAUGACUAUGAAGAUCCCACAUUUCUACGACUUCUGAAAAUAAUCAGUGAAAAUGUACAUCUUACAGGGACCCCAAAUAUAUUGCUAUAUAACAUGUUUCCUAUGUUGGGCUUCCUUUUGGGUGCACGUAAAAAAGUAACAAAUAACAGAAAGGAGUUCCAUGAUUUCCUACAGACUACCUUCAUAGAAUAUCUCAAAAAUCUUGAUGAAAAUGACCCAAGGAAUUUUAUUGAUUCAUUUCUUAUUCGGCAAAGAGAGGAAAAUAAGAAGAUGGCUAACAGAUAUUUCCAUAAUGAAAAUCUUAAAACUGUUUCGAGUAACUUAUUUGCUGCUGGUACAGAAACAACUGGAAGCACUCUGCGUUGGGCCAUACUCCUGAUGAUGAAAUACCCAGAAAUCCAGAGUAAGGUCCAAGAAGAAAUUGCAAAAGAAAUUGGGGUUCGUCAGCCAAGGAUAGAAGAUCGAUCCAAAAUGCCUUAUACCGAUGCAGUAAUUCAUGAAAUUCAAAGGUUUUCUGAUAUUGUUCCAACCAAUUUGCCCCAUGCAACCACCAAGGAUAUAACUUUCAAAGGCUUCUUCAUUCCCAAGGGUAUGCAAAUUGUUCCUUUGCUAUCAUCAGUGCUCCGUGAUGAAUCUCAGUGGGAGAAACCCUAUCAAUUCUAUCCUGAGCAUUUUCUUGAUUCUGAAGGAAAAUUUGUAAAAAGGGAUGCAUUCAUGCCUUUCUCUGCAGGUAGGAGAAUAUGUGCAGGUGAGACGCUUGCCAAAAUGGAGCUCUUCCUCUUCUUCACCAGCCUCCUGCAGAAAUUUACCUUUCAACCACCCCCGGGAAUAUCUAAAAAUGAUCUGAAUCUAAUGCCUGCGCUUGGAUUUACAACCCCUCCUAUGCCUUAUAAGACCUGUGCCAUUCCAUGUUCAUAAGACACAAGACCUUCAUAACCGUUUUCAGUAUUGGAUAAUAUAAUUCUUUAUGGUUUGGUUUAAGAGGCUGUCUGAAACUGUACUAUAAUGAUUUGCAUACACACAAAAUCUAGAUUCUGAGAGUAAAAAAUCAUGCUAAGAAAUCAUGCUAAAUGCUUGGAACUCUUAUUAUUUUUGUUUGUUUCCUUUUUUCCCCUCCUAUUUCAUUUUGUUAAGUUUUGCUUGUUGUUAAAUUCAUUUUAAGCAAUACAGAUUUUUCCACCAUAAUUAUAUAUACUGUAUAUAUGCAUUUAUUUGUUACAAGUUAUCAAUGUUAACAAAAGCAACAAUAAUAAUUGAAAAAGUCCAUGUUCUAAUCUAGACUUCUUAGUUUCUGUGGACAUAGUAUAGUUGGAUUUCAUUAAAAAAAAUUGACAAAGUAGACCACAACAUACUACUCGAUCAGCUAGAAAAAUGCAAGAUAGACAGCAUCACCACCAGAUGGAUUUGUAACUGGCUGACAAGCUACAUUCAAUGUGUGGUCCUUAAUACAACUACAUUUACAUGUAAUUACAUGUAGUUACUUACAACUACUUAAUGGAACUGCAUCUACAUGAAGGAAUGUAAGCAGUGGGGUACCCCAAGGUUCUGUUUUAGGCCCAGUACUCUUCAAUACCUUUGUAAGCGAUUUAGAUAAGAAGAACUCAUCAAAUUUGCAGAUUAUACCAAGAUGGCAGGAAUAGCCAACAGCCCUGAAAAUAGGCUUAAGAUCCAGAUAGAUCUCGACAAACGUGAACACUGGGCCCUAUCUAACAAAAUGAAAUGCAGUGCAUAGAAAAGGUUUUAAACUUAGGUAAGCAAAACCAAAUGUACAGGUACAGAUUAGGUGAAAUUUCGCUCAAUAGCAGUAACAGUGAGAGGGAUCUUGGAGUGCUAGUGGACAACCACGUAAAUAUGAGCCAACAGUGUUCUGCAGCCACCAAAAAAAGCCAAUGCAAUCCCAGGCAGCAAUAAUAAAGGGAUAGAAUCAAGAUCAUAUUAAGUAUUAAUACUGCUUGAUAAGACCUUGGUAAGACCACACUUGGAAUAUUAUAUCCAGUUUUGGUCACCACAAUACAAAAAAGACGUUGAGAGUCUAGAAAGAGUGCAGAGAAGAACAACAGAGGAUUAUCUGCUAUAGAUUCCUGUUCUGAUUUUUAUAAGGAAUAAAAUAUUCUAAAAUAUUAAAGCAAUUCGGUCUGCUCACUCCUUUGACCUGUUUUCUGAUGUGUUUCAUCAGCAGUAGCAAUAUCAUGAAGAAAUGCAGUACACGUAUGCCAGAAAAUUGUAAUUUAUAUACAAAGCAGUGUACCUUAAUGCUAGGAUAUUAAAAUCACAUGUUGACACAGAACUUAGCUGAAGGAAAAAAAGGGGUACCAAUAGGAAACAACAACAUUUAACAUUACUGAGAAUUCAUUUUACAAAAAAAUAAAAAAGGUUUAUUUAGAGAUAAUCAUUGCUGGAUAUUCCUAGAAACAGAAUGGCAGAUAUUUCAAGUGGGAAGAUGUAACUGUCUCAGUUGGGAUGAACAUCUUGACAAGGCUAAAGAUUUUGUUCAAAUAGAUUCCUCCAAAAACUGAAGAAAAAUUUACUAGCAGAAAUUACUUGAAGAGAUGAGCAACUGAUUAUAUAUAAUCUGAUAAAAGACAGAGGACUAAAAUUCAAAACUUUACAACACUUGAAAUAAUGUAUUGGACAAGCAGCCAGUUGUGUUACCAGGUUAGAUGUUUAACUGGGAUGAGAUUGAUUAAAACACUGAAUUGUCAGAUUGAAUAAGAAAGGAUUGAAUACUCUUCUUUAAAGGGUUUUUUUUAAGUUAAAUAAAAGAAAAAUAACAUGUUUUGUGUCUUCAACAGUCACAUAUUGGAAGCAUUGAUGUCAAUCUGUUAAAUGUAAACAUCUCUAUCAAAAAUGUAUAGACUUAAAUAGAUUGUGGGGGAAAUGAAGUAGCUGUAUAAACUUUUACCAUGAUUUCUAGAGAAAAAAAUCUCAGAUGAGGAUGGAAGAUGCAUGCUAAGCUUUCAGACUGAAUCUGGAAAAAUCAGUUGUUUUGAUGUAUGUGCAGAAUGCCAAAAUAAAGUUUUGUGAAAUAUUGUUA